AUGGAUGAUGAUCACCCCGGUGGUGGUCUAUUUCCCAAACAUUAUAACGUGGAUACCUAUGGUAACGGAACCUCUGAAGAGGUAGUCUCUAAUGCAGAUACCACAACAGAAAUAUCGGACAUUGAAUCGAAUGGGACGGACUCGAUCGAUUCAUCUAUCUUAGCUGAGAUAAUGGUCGAACAAUGUAAUACUAAUGAAGAAGCCUUUAAGGAGAGUUUAAGCUCUAAUAAAUUUUAUAUUAGUCAACUCUACAACAAUAAGACAGGACGACAUAAAGAUGACAACGGAAAAAGUGAUUUUAUUAGAUACAAUCAACGCAUUGAACAGGAGUACAAGUUAAGGGGUAAGCUUGAAAGGUUACUUAAUAGUUCAACCGUCAGGAAUAAGUUAAAUGUUUUGAAUCCUGAGGGGUUAUAUGAAAAUUAUGUUGGAGGAGAUGAGGUAGCGCUGAAUAAUUCGAAGUACUCUUCUUUUCAAGAUGUGUUUAAUAAAAUCAAGAUGCCUCGUUCUAUAAAAAAGGCAAGUUAUAUCAACCGCCAGCGUGAUUUAUCCUUUGAAAUGCUAACUACACAUUCUGGAGAUACACAUAUUAUCGACAUGGAAAAUCAUGGUGAAUGGCCCAUAGACCACGACCAUUUAGGAAAGUCAGGAACUCAUAAACUUGAAUCAUGGAUAUCCGUCUCCAAAUGCUCUAAUAACAACUCUGGAAGCCGAAAACAGUCUAAAUUCAUUAAAAAAUAUAAUGCUCUCAAAGGGUCCCAUCAUAGUGUUCAAAGAAAGCUAGAGGCAAGACAUAUACAAAUGAUUGCCUCUGGAUCUUCGUUGGGAGUUGGUUUAUUUCUUACUUCAGGAAAAGCGUUUACUAUUGCAGGCCCAUUUGGAGCACUGCUCGGAUAUGUACUUUGUGGAAGUAUUGUGAUGGCAUCAACACUUUCAUUUACAGAACUAUGUGCUCUAAUUCCAUUGACAUCAGGAUUUUCCGGACUCGCGUCUAGAUUUGUAGAAGACGCGUUUGGAUUUGCCUUGGGAUGGCUUUAUUGGUUUUCAUUUAUUAUAGCAGUUCCAAGCCAAGUGGUGGCAAGUACUAUGUUGUUAAAUUAUUAUCAGUCUUUGAAUUUAAGUUCUGGCAAAAUUGCAGGCUUUGUCACUCUGUUUCUAGUGUUUGCCAUUUUCAUUAAUCUAUGCGAUGUUCGAAUAUUUGGAAACUUUGUGUACUUCGUCACGAUAAUAAAGAUAAUAUUCACCAUUGUUAUGAUUUUCGUCAUGAUUGUGUUGAAUUCAGGAGGUGCAGCUUUAGGGCAUGAUCGAGUAGGAUUUAGAUUUUGGGAUGCUGGUAAAUCAGCGCCGGGUUUAUUCUACGGCUUGUUUCGUCCCACUUUCAAUUUGAAGGAUGAGGGAAGUGAGAUAAUAAGUGGUAUAUCGGGUGCUAAAGGAAGGCUCCUUGCCAUCUUUCUAUCGAUGUUGAUAGCUGCAUUUACUUACAGUGGAAUAGAAAUGACCUUCGUUGCUUCAUGCGAAGUGAGGAAUCCGAAGAAGGCACUUCCAUCAGCAAUGAAGAAAACUUUAUACAUAAUGUUGUUGAUUUACACUAUUUCGAUUUUCGUCGUUGGCUUGAACAUCUACUCCGGAGAUCCAAGGCUUCCCCGAUUUUACACGUAUUCUCAAGAUUCUUCGAAUUACAACAUCAUGCAUAAUAUUGGAAUGAACUGGCAAGUGAGCACACACUGUCAAUCAACAUUACUGUCUUCAGGGUCUCUUUUAAGCGAUGGCAAUAGAAGUGCGUGGGUAAUUGCAUUGAGAAGUUUUGGUAGAUGUACCUUUGCAUCUGUACUCAAUGGCAUUCUAAUUUUUUACGGUGCAACAAGCGGAUGCUCAUCGUUGUAUGGGGCAAGCCACACCUUAUAUUCCAUGGCUAUUCAAGGGAAGGCACCAAGAAUUUGCAAGGCCUGUACCUCCUACGGUGUUCCCUGGAUUGCUGUCUUGGUUUCCGGAAUUUUCGGUGUGAUAUCGUAUAUGGCAGUGGACCAAUCCUCUUUAAACAAUUUUCAAAUCCUCGCUAACAUCUCAAGUGCUACCAUCUGUAUAAUUUGGGCAGGAAUGAAUGUGUCAUUUUUACGAUUCUUUUACGCUUUGAAAAUUCGACCCGAUAUUAUGUCAAGGGAUGAUCCCAUGUUCCCAUACAGGUCGCCCUUCCAGCCAUAUCUCUCUUACUAUGGGCUAUUCGGAUCCUUGGUAAUGAUAUUCUUCGCAGGGUUUACCUCAUUCUUCCAUGGGUUCUGGAACAUCAAAAUCUUUUUCUCUUGUUAUGGUGGAUUAGUCUUCUUCAUUGUCUUAUACAUAGGUUACAAAUUAUUUGGAACCUCCAAACUCCAACGGCUUGAUCAGAUAGAUAUGGAUAUAGGUCGUAUUGAAUUGGACAGAACUAUCUGGAACCAACAGACAGAAUACCAGGGGAAUUGGAAGGAACGGCUUUCGAGCCUGGUCACGUGGAAAUACUAA